AUGCUUGCACCACAGAAACGAGUUAGUGAUUUUGGAGAUGGUGGACAAAUAGAUCAAGUUCAAGUUGAAGAAACCACACCAAAUCUUAUAACUUCCAUCAUACGAUUGAAACAAUUUCGCAUCAAAGGACGAUCAUUUGAAUUUCAAGAAGUGUUCGAAAAUCCAAAAAGUGAUACUUUGGUUUGUAAAUGUUUGGGUGAUGAUGGACAUGAAUACGUUGUUAAAAUUAUUAAACUAAUUGAUGGAAUAUUUCCAAGUAAUGAUCCAAAUGAUACUUAUUCAGAUGGUUAUCAAGUAGGAGAAUGGAGAUUUGCUGAAACUGUGAAACAGUUGUUCGAUUCUAGUGUGGUAACUUAUGAGGUUUCGGAACUAAUUGGUGAAGAAAUUGUACUUGUAUCAGAAUACAGAGGAAUGGAUAUGAAAAAAUAUGGAAAGAACAAAUCAGGAAAAUUGUUUUUAUGUGAAGCGAUUCAAAUUUUAAUUAGAAUUGCUAAUGCAUUAUGCCAACUCUAUAAGCAUAAUAUAAUUCAUAGUGAUAUCAAACCUGCAAAUAUCUUUAUUACUUUUGAGCCAACCAGUUAUUCAUUUGAUGUCAUUGAUGCUACAUUGGGUGAUUUGGGAAUAGCCAGAACUGUUUUAUCAAAAGGUCAGCCAAUUUAUUCAUCUAAUAUAUUUUCUACUCCUGAUACUGCACACACAUACUUAACACAGCACGGAACAUGUGGUUAUAUUGCACCAGAAUGUUUUAAAGGAGAACAAUGUUUAUUAAGUGCUGUGAAAAAAAAUGGCUUCGCAUUUGAAUUUGUUGAUGAAUUAUUAAGAAAAGAUAGAGAAAUUGUAUUGGAAGCAGUUAAACAAAAUGGAUAUGCACUUGAAUAUGCUGAUAGGUCAUUUAGAAAAGAUAGAGAAAUUGUACUGGAAGCAGUUAAACAAAAUGGACGUGCACUUGAAUUUGUUGAUGAAUCAUUAAGAAAAGAUAGAGAUAUUGUAUUGGAAGCAGUUAAACAAAAUGUCUGGGCACUUGAAUGUGCUGAUGAAUCAUUAAGAAAAGAUAGAGAAAUUGUAUUGGAAUUAUUAAGAAAAGAUAGAGAAAUUGUAUUGGAAGCAGUUAAACAAAAUGGCUGGGCACUUGAACAUGUUGAUAAAUCAUUAAGAAAAGAUAGAGAAUUUGUAUUGGAAGCAGUUAAACAAAAUGGACGUGCACUUGAAUAUGCUGAUGAAUCAUUGAGAAAAGAUAGAGAAUUUGUAUUGGAAGCAGUUAAACAAAAUGGACAUGCAUUUGAAUAUGUUGAUAAAUCAUUAAGAAAAGAUAGAGAAUUUGUAUUGAAAGCAGUUAAACAAAAUGGAUGUGUAUUUGAAUAUGUUGAUGAGUCAUUAAGAGAAAUUAUAUUAGAAGCUGUCGUUAAUGCUGAAACACAGAAAUUAUGA